AUGCCUCAUAGAGAUUUUAUAAGCCGAUCGAGGCCUACCGCCACCAGCUUAUGCUGCGGAGGCGUUAAGCUCCUUGGUAAGCAGGUUCGCGGCCUCCUCCGACUCCUCAACCUUCAUGCCGUGGCCUGUGUCCUCCGAGAUGUCGGUGUGUACCUCCAUGAGCUUGGUGAGGUCGAAUUUGGGCUUCUUGAGUACCUUGAUCUUCCUGAUAAGGACGUUCUGCAACGGGAACACUCCCUUGCAGGCCUUCUCGAUUUCCUUGCCAAUGGACUCAGGGAUGAUCUUCUUCACAACCUCCCUCAAAGAGGUAGUGGAGGCCUCACGCUGCAUGACCUGGACCAUCUUGCGUCUGAUGACUCUGGUCUUAGACGUCCUGAUGUAGCAGGUGCUCUUCAGCUGGCCGGGGCGCCUCUUGGUGUAGCCGAUGCAGAACAUCCUGAGGGUGUAGCCGUCAGUGGUCUUGACAUCGGUGUAGGCCUCAAUAAGGGAGUAGUUCUUCCUGAUCAGCGAGCAAAGCUUGUCGCGGGUGACGCUCGAGCCGUGGAAGUUGGUGAGGCAGUUCCUGCCCUGCACAUCCUCACAGCAGAGCUUGAUCUUGCGGUAAGCCUGGUCCUCAUCAGCGUUGAGGUCGGCGAGCGAAACAUCGAAGAUACGGCCCUUCAAACCAUCGAUGGCGAGCUCUGUAAACAUGUUAACGGUUGUUUAAUCAUAUUACGACGGUUGCCGAUAGUGAGUCCCAAGGACGCCGGUGCCGUGUGGUCGACAUUACAACCACGUACCGGCGACCUAGGGGCACACAGACCGUCCAUUACACGCAUAAAUAUUCCCCCGACUUACUUGUACCCUGGGUCUUGGUGA